AUGUUUGUAUGCCGCCCGCUAAGGCGGCUGUAUGUCUGUCCAGCAUUUCAAUGUGAGAACCGCAGACUCAGCAAGACCGAUCCCAUUCACUCCUUCAGCACGUUCACCAACCUGUUCCACAAGUCGGGCAAAUACCUUCCGCCACGUCCAACCCUCUCAGAUGCUGAGAUCAAACACACCUACGUCAAAGGCACUGGACCGGGCGGUCAGAAAAUCAACAAGACCAACUCGGCCGCCCAAUUGACACACAUUCCAACUGGCAUCGUCGUCAAGUGUCAAGCCACGCGCAGUAGAAGCCAAAACCACACCAUUGCCAAAAGGAUUCUUGCCGAGAAGGUGGAAUUGCUGGAAAAGGGUGAGGAGAGCCGGGCGGCCAAAGUAGUGGAGAGGAAGCAACGCAAGAAGAGGAGUGCGGAUAAGAAGAAGCGCAGGAAGUACAGACAGCUAGCUGAGGAGAAGCUGGGCCUUCAAGGGGAAGAAGCAUGUCCUGAAGAAGAUGAUGGUUCGGAGGAGGAAGCCAACAAGGCACAAGGCACUUGA